AGGUAAGCGUGCCCGGAAGUUUCUCAAUAACAAGAGCCGUUCUAGAUACUCCUUCGUAAACAAGCCGUCAAACCUGUUAAAUUUGUUACAUUCUCCCACAGUAUUAAGUGAGUUUUGUGAACAGUUUCAUUUAGCUGUUUAUUAACAAAAGAAGCGGCGUAAACUUAACCGGAAGUGUAACUGUGAGGUAAACACUGUGGGGAUAUUUUCGGACCUCCGGUGCAGACUUUUGAGAAAGUGAGUCACGUUUUACUCUUCAGGUCUUUUCUGAACGGUUUCUCCUCACAAAGUUUUGAACUACACCUCUGACAUGUCUGUAUUUGUUUCUGAGUUAUUACAAGCAGCGCCUCUGUCUCCAUUUUGUCAUUCUUUGUCCUCAGAAGUCCUGGCUCUGACCUUUGAGCGACACAUAGUGACCUGGCACAGAAAGGUGAACUCGCCUGAGUCCGGGGUUUUCCUCUUUCUGUUCAGAUGGUUUUUGGAGCAUAGUAGUCCUGGACACCUACAAUGAAUCCACAGACUCUGUCACUAAGGGCUCUGCUCUUUCUCGGGCUGUGGCACACUGGGAGAAGAAGUUUAGCUUCAACCUCAGAGCUGAAAGAUCCUCCUAAAAAGAUAGGUAAGCAAAUAAAUCAACUAGUAUCCAUCAGCUGAUCACCACCCUGCAGGACUUAUCGAUCUGGUGGACACAGAUUGUAGAAGCCAAUAGGUAUCAUACAGUAUGUAGCAUCAGAGAUGUGCUUAUUGUUAAAUUGUAGUAAUAGUAUUCUCAGAAGAGGUCUUUGUUGGGCUGUGUAAGAGUUGAAAACUGCUUCCCUCUGUGCUUUUAACUCAUGUGUACUGCUCAAAAUUUACACCCUUUCGUCCUGUUCGUGGACGUUUAUAGCCACUAACUUUAGCUGCUUUAAAACCAUAUCGGAUAAAUAUUUUUUCAAAAAUGUUUGCUCAAAUCUCUUCAUUCACCUUAGUCCUUAUUGAAACUAUUAUUUAUUUUUUUUUAAUUGUUAUGGAUUUUAACUCUUAAAAUUUAACUCAGAGGUGAUGUCACUGAUUUGGUGUGAAAGAAAAUACAAAAUGACUGAUUUUCAAUAAAAAAAUAAUCAGAGGCUGGAGAUUUUUUACAUGCUAUCACACCCUUGGAUAUGUCAAAUAUUAGUAACAACAUUGGCUUUGAUGCAUUUCUAUUUUUGAGCUGCAUCAGAUUUUGAAGUUUUUUUUUUUAAAAAGAUUUUAAAGGUGUAUGUCUUUUUUGGAGAGAGGUUCUUUUUUAGUAUGAAAUUGAAGGUUGUAUUGUAAUUUUGUAAACUGAAUUUGCAUUCACUCAGUGAUGUGCAAUAAAUGUUUAUGUGAUUGCAUGUGGAAAUAAAUAACAGCAAAAUAGAAGUGAAUAUAUGCUAUUUAUUUUAGGAAUCUGAAACUUAUAAAACUGUCAUUUUAACAUCAGAACUGGUAUAAUAAGCCUUGGCAUUCCCACAUUACUCAUCUGCAGUGACACAAAAAGAGACUCCAAUAUUUCGCCUCCCUUGAGAAUGGGCCAGCAUUAUCUUCCCCAACUACAACAUGAAUAUAAUCAGACAUCACUUCAGCCAUAAAUUGUACAUGUAUACACUUGAUAAUGUUAUCAUGAGGCGUCUAGGAUGUAAUGAGGAAGUUUUACAGGAAGAUAUUAGAUUUCAGAUUUAUUGAGGGGAUUGCCCCUUGAGAUGCACCCUCUCGUUUUCGAGGGGGUCCCAGAAAGCAUAAACAGAGUACAUUAACACAUACUGCAUAGAUAUACAGAUACUUACAUGUAUACGUACAUUGCAAUCUAAUACCCUCAGUUCUUAACUGCUGAUCCCAUGUUGCUCCUCUAAAGGUGAUCUUUGAAGUCCACUUAUCUUUGUUUAAGCUCAAAAUAAAAAAAACUCUCAUGUGGUUGGAUCAAACUCACAUAUAACUUCUAAGAUGAUUAUGAUAACCCUAAUUCUAACCCCACUCAUAGUGUUUUUGUCAUUGUCCCUUUAUAGCUGUGGUAGGAGCUGGUAUUGGUGGCACAGCUGCAGCUUUUUACCUGAGACAGGAGUUUGGACCUGGGGUGAAGAUAGAUGUGUUUGAGCCUGAGGUUGUUGGUGGGCGGCUGGCGACAGUGAAGAUGGGAGAUUAUGAAUAUGAGACAGGUGGCUCAGUGAUCCACCCUCUGAACCUGCACAUGAAGCACUUCAUAGAAAAACUAGGUAAAGAAGACAGUAUUUGUUGAAGCCAGUGUUGUUUUGCGGCCUGGAGUAUUUGAACUGUGAGCUUGUGUUUCCUGAUUGUCUCAGGUAUUCCUCCAAGGAAAGAUGUUCCUUCAAAAAUGGCCAUCUUUGAUGGAAAGGAGCUCACAUUUGAAGAGAGUGACUGGUUUAUAAUAAACUUCUUGCGCCUCCUCUGGCGAUACGGGUUCAGCUUCCUCCGAAUGCAGAUGUGGGUGGAGAGUAUUUUGGACAAAUUCAUGAGGUGAGGAGGAGAACAAGUUGUCCUAACAUCUAAAUCUUGUUCUUGGCUUUAGAUCCAUCUGCUUCAUUCUUUUAAUGUUGUUUUAUUUUGGUUGGGUUAUCCUUUCAUUUGCAGGAUCUACCAGUACCAGCAGUAUGGUUACUCAUUCACCACCGUGGAGAGGCUCCUGCAUGCCAUGGGUGGUGAUGGUUUCCUCACCAUUAUGAACCAGACCCUGGAGGAGACGAUGAUAGGCGAAGGGUUUUCACAGGUUUUUCUCAACGAAAUUGUGGCACCCAUCACUCGUGUCAACUACGGCCAGAGCGUUCGCAUCAAUGGCUUUGUGGGUAAGUUUUACAGUGUAAGAGUUUGGGUCAGUUUGUUAUACAUCGAGUUGUAUGAGGUUUUAUGCAACAAUAAGAGGGUUUAUACAUUCAGUGUUUUUGUUGUCUUGCAGGGGCGGUGUCGUUAGCUGGAGCAGAGUCAGGUCUGUGGGCAGUGGAUGGAGGCAAUAAGAGAGUGUGCUCAGGACUGCUGUACCACAGUAAAAGUGAGCUCAUCCCUGCCAAAGUGACGUCUGUGUCUGUUAAGGUUCGACCGUCUAAAACAGGUACAAUCACGCUCUGUCACAAAGAUUUCUUAUACACUCGUUCCAACUUUUUAAAUCUAAAACAUGUCUUAUCUUUUGUCAUUUUCAGGCCCCACUACCAGCUAUUAUGAGGUGAAUUAUGCUGAUGAAUCCGGCUCAGCUCACGCUCUGUAUGACAUUGUCGUGAUAGCGACACCACUCCACCAGGGUAAAUCUGACAUCACCUUCUCAGGCUUCUCCCCUCCAAUCCCAUCGCACUACCCUGGGCGGUACCAUCAGACCGUCACUACUCUGGUCCACGGCAUGCUGAAUAUGUCCUACCUUGGGACCUCUGAGCAUGCCUCAGAGUUUACAGUGUCCGACAUUCUCACUACUGACACCAAAGGCUCUAUGAUCAACAGUCUGAGCUCUAUAGAUCCUGUUCACAUCCCAGCUGAUUACAAACGCCCCCCUGCCAGCAAGACCAAAGUGUGGAAGGUGUUCUCCCCUCAGCCGCUGUCCCAGGAGCAGCUGAAGGAAAUGUUCCUCUCCUGGGACUCUGUGUCUGAGACUCCUUGGCUGGCUUAUCCUUCUUACCGCCCGCCACACAGGAGGACUCCUCCUUUCAUCCUACACAACCGGCUGUACUACCUCAACGCCUUGGAGUGGGCGGCCAGUGCCAUGGAGAUGAGCGCCAUCUCGGCCAGGAAUGUCGCUCUCCUGGCACACCACCGCUGGCACAGUCAGACUGGCAGGAUUGACCAGGAAGACCUGCAUACCAGGCUGAGAGGAGAACUCUGAACAAGAGGAGUUAGAGCAAUAAAAGCAACACACACAGGUACUCAUGGGUACGCCUGCUGCACUGUAAAAACACUCUUGUCAGGCAAACUCUCCUUCAGGAUUCCAAGGAUGCACUAGUCUCCUUAAGCACAAUCCCUCUGGGUCUUUUAAUUAAUUUCUAAGGACCUCAGACAAGCUGUUUACAAGUCCGCUUUAAACGUGUGUAUUAGACCACUGAGUUUGGAGGUAAAUUAACUCUCCUCUGCCUCCUCAAAUCUCAGCAUUUAACUGAAGACAGGGCAUUAUUUCAACCAUCAGUGGUUACUCCAAACGAAACUUGGACAAAAAUCAAAAAAUGGCAAAUUUUUUUAACAAGUCUGUACUGAUAGGUGGAAUACAACUGUAUUACAGGAAGUAAUUUUAUUCAUAAAUUAAUUUGUCUGUUAUUUUCAGAUUUUAACAUUUUUAAGUCAGUGAAAUCCUGAAAAUGAAAAAUGAAUUCACUGACUCAGUUUUGACUCCUCCAAAUCAAUCCAACAGCCCCCCAUGAGAGACCCUUGUUUCAUAUCAUAAAUGAUAAAGAAAAGAAGCAGUUCCUUAAACACACUAGAACGUCUGUGACAUUUCUGUAUAAAUAUAACCUAAAACCCUUUAUCGGUUAUCAAACACUUACAUCCGUUAAAUAAAUAUUAGAAAAUUUGUUGCACUAAUCUCUAAAGCCAAAUGAUGUCCUCACUGUGAGCCAUGCUGCACUACAGGGUAAACACACACUCCUCUGUGUUCCUUUGUCUUCGUCUACAUUGUUAGCCUUAGGCCAAAUUCUCGCUUUGUUUUGCUGCAAAACUCGAAACUGAGAAAUACAAUGUGUUAUAAAUGGAGAAAUAUAUCUAAUUCGACUUCAUUUAAGCCACAUCUACCUGGUGAGUCCAGAUUAAUAUAUCAUUCAAAGAGUUUGUGACCAGAAAGAUAUUUUCACUCAUUACAAGCAAUUUAGAUAUUUAUUUUUGCUCAUAACUUGAUAUAAGAUGUUGAACUUUUCAGGUAAAUGUGGCUAAUAUGUCAUCAAACUAGGUUUUUUUUGUCUAUAAAUAACACAAAAACCUUUAGUAAGGAGUUUAAAAGAGUGAUAACUGUGUAAAGAUGUCCUUUAAAUUGAUGAAUUUCUAUGUUUUCGGAUGGUUUCCUCUGCCUCUUCCCUCUCAGCAGUCUACUGCAUAUGUUUGAGUUCAGGCAGCAUGUUUUCUUUCUUCUGAUUUCAUGUUGUAGUUGUCACUGUAUUAUUAAUGAAACUACAAGUAGAUGAUCUAAUCGCACUGAUGAGUUAUGAGAUGUUAAUGUUUUUUUUCUUGAAACUAUGACUGUGCCUUAAAACUGAAUAUUUGGCCUUUAUCUGUACUUUGUGAGAAGUGUCCCUGUAGUUUAGAAAUCAUCUGUUGUCCUUCAGGUCUUCUUUUUUGGGGGCCACCAGGACCAAACUGAGAACAACAUGAUGCAGCUCUGUGUGUCACAUUGUUUGUAACCUCUGGGAAAGUGGAUUUUUAUCUGUGUUUUCUCCGAUGUCUUGUUGCUCCCUUGAAACAAGUUGUUGUCCGCUCAGUUUUCCUGAAACACUUAUAGAGGCGUAUUUUUCUAGAGCUUAGUUUCUUGUGGAGCUGUCCACUAGUGAGUACAUGUGAAAACACACUGAACAAUAACAGCAGCAUCAGAAUAGCAGAUUAAUCAAAAAAGAGGUUUCAAUGUUCCUUUUAUAGAAUAAAACUACAAUCCUGUGAAGAAUUAGUCUGGCUUCUUCUGCAAAAAUAAAACAUGUCUUUUAAUAACAAAUCUAA